CUUGAGCCAGCUAAGUAAUACUACGCCAACUCGCUAGAGGAAGCGGGUAGCAUAGAUAGCUAGACAUUGGAGUGAAGGGAGGGGCAGUGUCCCGUGUCCCAUAAAUCGAGUCUGUGUUCCUUUGUUGAGUGAAGAAGCGCAAAGGAUUUUAGAAAACGUAGAACGCAAAAUAGCAAACUAGUCAUAUACGUAACGGUGUUUAUUUUUCAUUACCAAGCGAUGGCCGAAAUCGACAAGUUGAACAUAGACAGUAUCAUUCAGCGCCUUCUGGAAGUGCGGGGGUCCAAGCCUGGGAAGAAUGUCCAGCUCCUGGAGAGCGAGAUUAAAGGCCUCUGCCUGAAGUCCCGAGAGAUCUUCCUCAGCCAGCCCAUCCUGCUGGAGCUGGAGGCCCCCCUCAAGAUCUGUGGUGACAUCCACGGCCAGUACUACGACCUCCUGAGACUGUUUGAGUAUGGAGGGUACCCACCGGAGAGCAACUACCUGUUUCUGGGGGACUAUGUGGAUAGAGGGAAGCAGUCUCUGGAGACUAUCUGCCUGCUGCUGGCCUACAAAGUCAAGUACCCUGAAAACUUCUUCCUUCUGAGGGGGAAUCAUGAGUGUGCCUCCAUCAACAGAAUAUACGGCUUCUAUGAUGAAUGUAAAAGGCGGUAUAACAUUAAGCUGUGGAAGACGUUCACGGACUGCUUUAACUGUCUACCCAUUGCUGCCAUUGUGGAUGAGAAAAUCUUCUGUUGCCACGGAGGCCUCUCUCCAGACCUCCAGUCCAUGGAGCAGAUCCGCCGGGUCAUGCGGCCCACCGAUGUGCCAGACCAGGGCUUGCUGUGUGACCUCCUGUGGUCUGAUCCUGACAAGGACGUGUUGGGCUGGGGCGAGAACGACCGGGGUGUCUCUUUCACUUUCGGGGCCGAAGUUGUGGCCAAGUUCCUGCACAAACACGACCUGGAUUUGAUAUGUCGAGCCCAUCAGGUUGUGGAAGAUGGCUAUGAGUUCUUUGCUAAGAGGCAGCUUGUGACCUUAUUCUCCGCUCCAAACUACUGUGGGGAGUUUGACAACGCGGGUGCCAUGAUGAGUGUGGAUGAAACCCUCAUGUGCUCUUUUCAGAUUCUAAAACCUGCGGAGAAGAAGAAGGCAAACGCUAGCCGGGCGAUGACACCCCCUCGGAUCAUGGUUACAAAUAAAGCCAAGAAAUAAGAGCUUGUGUGGAGCAGAGCACACAAUAUUUGUUUAUUUCCUUGGAAUGAUUUGUUUGUGGUUUAGUGGUCACACAUAUUCAGUGAACUGUCAGAUACCUUUCUUGCAGCAAGAACUGAGAUGACCGUUAACCAAGAUGAUGAAAGCAAAGCAAAGCUUUUUUUCUUUUUCUUUUUUUUGGGUUCCUUGCUGCUUGACUAAAUGGCGGUUUCCACCGUAAGAACUUCAGGUAUAUGCACUUGAGUGCAGCCACUCUUUUUGCCACAUUGUAGAGCACACUGGAAGAACAUUGUCCAGUUUUUUAUGGUGUAUGCCUUCGGUUUGGAACCAAGAAUGGUCUCAAAAUAUCACCCCUAAACACCUGUUCGCACUCUCAAUGUCAAGCAGUGGAAGCUGUUAAGAGUUCUUCAGACCACUGUGAAAUUAGUCAUGCCCUUGUGUUUGAAAUGGAAAUGUUUUCACACUGAUUUUAAAUGAGACAAUUGGGUUUCUUCUUUCCAUGUGUUUAUAUAAAUCCCAUUUAUUCAAACAUCAAUGAAUUUUAAAUACUUCAUGUACUACAUUCUUCGAACAAAUAAAGCCAUUAUCACCAGACUUUCUCUUUCUAAAAUGAGUUCCUAGUGUAAUUUAAGGCAAUAUUUAAACUGAUUUUCUAGUGUUAAAUUCAACACAAUUAUGGUAUUUGAGAGAAAUAUAAACUCAUAUUUCCUCGAAGUGGUUUGACGUACCAUCACCGGAAUAUCUAUCGUUCAGUACUUUUUCCUGAGCUGUUUAACAUGCAUUUAUUAUUAUCAAGGCUUGUGGAAAAAUAGAAACUUGGUUGAUUGUUUUUUACUUUUUUUUAUUUGCAAAUUUUCUAUAGUGCAAGACUCAAGGUCCCACUUUCCUUUCAAGGCAUGCCUAUUAUCUGUCUUUACAGCUGAUGUAACUGUUGUUUCUCUUCAGAUAUGUCAUUUGUAACUGAAUAUUGAACUGGGGUGUCAUUUCACAGUCAUCUCCUGUUAUCACUAUUGGCAAUAUUUCUUGUAUAUCUCCCACACGUUUGUAUAUUUGCUUAAAAUUGAGGACAACGCAGGUUCUCGCAUUUGUUUUUUUUGGGACAAUAAAUUUUUAAAAAAUGA